AUGGGUAAAAAUCCUUCUCAACUCGCAUCACUUGCCCGAAAUCAGGCUGAGAAGCGUCAGGAAAAGAAAGACCUACGCGCGGAUUUUCGACGUUCUAUUGUUCAUGAUCAACACGGUGCACCAACUACAGCCAAAGUUAUUCAUGUCCUACCUAAUCGCCCUGAUCUUAAAGAACGUAUCAUCUCAUACGGUCAUGUCAUCCUCGUUGACGGGCACACUGGGGAAUUUAUCGCCAGCAUCUUUACACUUCACAAUAAUCACAAUAACAACCAAAAUCUCCGAGAUCAAUUUGAUUGGGCAACAAAACUUCUCUACCAUCAUGGACUUGCUCGCAACAAGUGUACAAUCAACAAAGCUGCCGAAGCUUUAGGGCAAGCCAAGUCUGGGGAGAUGUAUCCCAUUGGUUCUCGUGGUGGCACCAAUAAAGGGAAGUCUGCAGGUGCCUAUGUACUCAAUACCAAUACUCGAAGCGACCCGCACCUUAUCAUGCAAGAUAUUCAACGGAUGAAACUUCUCCCUACUAUUGAUAAAUUUAUCUCAAAACUCUUUGCAAACCUAGUAUUCUCCCAAUUCAAAGCGAAUCUUGUACUUGGACAACAAUAUGGUGUCUCUUGGGCUUCGCCAAAGGUUCUCAACACAUCUUCCAAAUCUAGCGUUGGUUCCAAUCUGGUCAUCACGCGAGACGAAUUCGCUAAUGAAUUGCAUGAAGAUCCAGACGCAUCCGGAUGUGCCAUUGGCCUUUUCUGUCUGAUGGCACGUGACUCUGGCAACGUAAUCUACCCCAACGACAGCAAUACACCUCCACCUUUCCACAUUGAAGGCGCUUAUUUUCACCUUGACAAGUACAAUACAAAGAUACGUUGA